AUGGAUCAUGUGAUCCCUCAGCUUGACGGAACCUACAAGUUCGACGCAAUGCACGACGUCGUUCAAAUCGAUGAAAAGGGGUUCUACGUGAAGAAGAUCGGCCAGCACGUGUACGUGCUCACAGGGAAAGAUGGAUGCCCUUCAGAAGAGCCUCCGGUCCAGGCUGUUCAAAGCAAACGUUACAUUACCAAAGUCAUGUUUGUCUGUGCGGUUGCACGUCCACGCGGUGGUUGGGACGAUACACGUCCUGUGUCGAUAACACGGGAUAUAUCGCGUCGAAUUCUGGUUAAUGACGUCAUCCCAGCCAUUAAAGCUAAGUGGCCGCAAGACCAGAAGCACCUACCGAUAAAGAUUCAGCCGGAUAAUGCGCGUCCUCAUGUCCUGGCGGACGAUCUCGAGGUAGCCGCGGCGGGAUGCGCUGACGGCUGGGCGAUCUAG